AUGUCCGAUCUCUCAGUGGAGAUCACUGCCCCUAAUGGCUUGAAGUACACUCAGCCCACAGGUCUGUUCAUCAACAAUGAAUUCGUCAAGGGUAACGGUGGCACAAUCACCUCGAUUGAUCCGGCCACCGAAUCCGAAAUCGCCACAGUCCACGCAGCCAGCACCGAAGAUGUCGAUCGCGCAGUCCGAGCUGCCCACGCCGCUCUCAAAGACCCCUCCUGGAAGAAACUCUCAGCCACAGACCGAGGUCGUCUCAUGGCCCGCCUAGCCGAUCUAGUUGACGAGAAGAGAGAGACUCUAGCCACAAUCGACGCAUGGGACAACGGAAAGCCGUAUGCAGUUGCGCUCAACGAGGAUUUGGGCGAGGUUUCCCUCACUCUGCGUUACUACAGCGGCUGGGCUGAUAAGACAUAUGGACAAACCAUCAACACAACCCCCGAGAAGUUUGCAUACACUCUGCGCCAACCCAUUGGUGUUGUCGGUCAGAUCAUCCCAUGGAACUACCCACUUGGAAUGGCAGCCUGGAAGCUAGGACCUGCUCUUGCUUGCGGUAACACCAUUGUUCUGAAACCCGCCGAACAGACUCCAUUAAGUGCCUUGGUACUUGCAGAACUGAUCAAGGAAGCUGGCUUCCCACCCGGUGUCGUCAACGUCGUCAACGGAUAUGGUCGCGAAGCUGGUGCCGCUCUUGUCGAGCAUCCCCUCGUUAACAAGGUUGCCUUCACUGGCUCAACUGCUACCGGACGACAGAUCAUGAAGUUGGCCUCCGCGUCGUUGAAGAACAUCACUCUGGAGACUGGUGGCAAAUCGCCUCUUAUCGUUUUCGAUGACUGCGACCUCGAACAAGCAGUCAAGUGGUCGCAUGGAGGUAUCAUGUCGAACCAGGGACAAAUCUGCACAGCAACAUCUCGCAUUUACGUUCAAAAGGAGAUCUACGAAAAAUUCAUUGAGAAGUUCAAGGAAGCUGUCAAGAGUACAUCGAAGGUCGGCAACCAAUGGGACGAAAACACCUUCCAAGGACCCCAGGUUACUCGUGCGCAAUACGAGCGUAUCUUGAGCUAUAUUGACAUUGGCAAAUCCGAAGGCGCCACAGUCCUCACUGGCGGAGGCCCCUACCGCGAAGAAGGUGCAAGCACCGACUUUAGCAAGGGAUUCUUCAUCGCACCCACCGUCUUUACUAAUGUCAAUGACUCCAUGCGUAUCGUCAAGGAGGAAAUCUUUGGACCUGUGGUCGCCAUCGCCUCCUUUGAGACGGAAGACGAAGUCAUCGCUCGCGCAAACGAUACCACAUACGGCCUGGGCGCAUCGGUGUUCACACGCGAUAUCCAGCGUGCCCACCGUGUCGCUGCUGAGAUCGAGUCUGGUAUGGUAUGGAUCAAUAGUUCGCAGGACAGCGACCCGCGCGUCCCCUUUGGUGGCGUUAAGCAAUCCGGUAUUGGUCGCGAGUUGGGUGAAGCUGGUCUUGAUGCUUAUUCGCAGAUCAAGGCUGUGCAUGUUAACAUGGGGACUGUCCUUUAA